CCGAAAGUACUGUAAUCAGAAGUUGGUUGGUUCACUGAAGCGAACGAUGUGUGUUGAUUUUUCCGUGUUUGUUCGCUUCAAGACUCAUUUAGCCUAAAACAAUUUAAAAAAAAGGAAAAGAAAACGAACCGACUCUUUUAUGUAUUUGAAUCACUAUGCCGCCUCGUAAGCAGGAGUACGGCGUUAAACAGUCGAGCGGGACGAGAAGCGGAUCACUGAUCCACAUCAGACCGCCUGUGAGCGCGACCUCCCUGCGUCGACACUCCGCCGUCGUGCCUUCGGUGCUGACGUUCGCCGUUAUCGUGGCAUCCGGAGGCCUGUUGCUCAUGAUAGAGAAGGGAAUGCUCAACAGCGUGGAGACUCCGCCACCACGGGCCAACGGGAGGAAAGUGGACCUCCGAGCCAGGAAUAAUGCCCCAGCUGUGGACGUGGAGUCUCAGAUUUUACAGGAGAUCCGUAAUCGCACCAUAAGAUCAAUGUGUGGUCAGAACAACAUGCCUCACAAUGUCUGGUCCCUCAGUCCCCUGCAGAGGAAGACUCUUCUCCAGCAUAUACUAGUGAAUGACGAGCAUCGUUUCCUGUACUGCUAUGUACCCAAAGUAGCCUGCUCCAACUGGAAACGUGUGCUGAAAGUACUGAGUGGUGCUCUGGUUAAUGUGGAUGUCAAAGUGAAGAUGGAUCAUCGUGCUGACUUGCUCUUCCUUUCCAACUUUUCACCCGAAGAGAUUCGUUAUCGACUACGGCACUAUUUUAAAUUCCUGUUCGUACGGGAGCCAAUGGCCCGCCUGCUUUCUGCCUAUCGCAACAAGUUUGGCGAAAUCGAGGCAUACCAGCGUAAAUAUGGAGCAGAGAUCAUACGACGGUAUAGAAAAGGCUAUGCAAAGGAUGAAAAGAUAGCAGGAAACGAUGUGUCAUUUACUGAGUUUGUGCGUUAUUUGCUAGACGAAGAUCCUGAGCGCAUGAACGAACACUGGAUGCCCAUCUACAACCUGUGCCAACCCUGUGCCAUAGAAUACAAUUUCAUAGGCUCAUAUGAAAGGCUGGAGAGUGAUGCGGCAUAUGUGUUGGAACGUGUCGGGGCGCCACAACAAGUACGUUUUCCUGAACGACAAACAUGGUACAAACCCGUUACCAAAGAAACACUGCAUUAUUAUUUAUGCACUGUGCCACAGAAGUUUCUCAAAGAACUCCUGCCCAAGUAUAUAUUAGACUUUUCUCUGUUUGGCUAUCCUUUGCCCAACACAACCACUGAAUACUGUAGGCAUUAGCAAAUACUUUUUUUUUUUUUUUUGGUGUAUAAUCUUUUAAUGUCAAUAUUUUUAAUAAUUUUUACUUUUUUUUCUGUACAGAAUUUUAAAUAUAUUUGAAGCCUCAGUACAGUGUAUUUGAGAGCUAUUUAAGUUUACACCACUAUUUAAAAUGGGAAGUACUCGAUCAAAUAUUUUUUGUUCAUGAGAUGCAGUGGUAUGUCCAUGAGUGGGGCAUAUAAUUUAAAACAUUGUGCUGUGCGCAAGAAUAUUACGGGAGUUUUAUAUCAGUAAGCACAAGCUUUUGUCAAUUUUCAAUGUCAAUGCAAUAUUAGUUUCCAUUUGGCUAUUUGUUUUUGUUUUUUUGAAAUAUUAUUUUUACUUAGCGAAGUAGCGAAGAGCCCAGAUCUCCAUCCCAUUGAGCAGGUCUGGGACCUGUUGGAUCAGAGGGUGAGAGCUAGGGCCAUUCCCCCCAGAAAUGUCCAGGAACUUGCAAGUGCCAUGUUGGAAUAGUGGGGUAACAUCUCACAGCAAGAACUGGCAAAUCUGGUGCAGUCCAUAAGGAGGAGAUGUACUGUAGGCAGGCACCCCCCCCCACCCUGUUCAGGGACACAUUAUUCCAUUUCUGUUAGUCACGUGUCUGUGAAACUUGUUCAGUUUAUGUCUUAGUUGUUGAAUCUUUUUAUGUUCAUACAAAUAUUUACACAUGUUAAGUUUGCUGAAAAUAAAAGCAGUUGAAAGUGA